AUGUCUCUCAGCAGCAAGCUCAAGCCCGCGGCCCGCGUCGCCGGCAGGCGACAGGAUGUCUGGUCCAUCAUUAACGAGGCCGCUGCCGCUUCACCCAAACAGCCCAUUGUGAAUAUGGGCCAGGGGUUCUUUGGCUACAACCCUCCCGACUUCAUCAUCAACGCCGCCAAGCAAGCGCUGGACCGCGUUGAGUGCAACCAGUACAGCCCUACCAAGGGCCGCCCGAGACUCAAGAAGGCCAUUGCGGAUGCCUACUCCCCUCACUGGGGCCGCAAGCUGGACCCCGAGACCGAGGUCACCAUCACUACUGGCGCAAACGAGGGUGCGAUGAGAAGCCCUGAAGAGGAGUAA